AUGGAGUUUGCCUACAACAAUAAUUAUCAAGCGACCAUUCAGAUUGCCCCAUUUGAGGCACUGUAUGGGCGUAGGUGUCGAACACCAAAUUUUUGGGAAGAGGUAGGCACGCAGCAACUACUGGAACCAGAGUUGGUCCAGGUCACCAACGCAGCGGUGCAGAAAAUCAAGCAGAGGAUACUCACCGCACAGAGCCGACAGAAAAGCUAUGCAGAUGUGCGUAGAAGAGACCUCGAAUUUGAGGUGGGUGACCAUGUGUUCCUGAAGGUAGCCCCUAUAGGGGGGGGGUUGAGGUUCGAAAAGAAAGGGAAAUUGAGCCCAAGAAUUGCCCUACCAUCGAACCUUGCCGCCAUGCACAAUGUGUUCCACGUAUCCAUGCUGCGAAAGUAUACUCCAGACCCUACUCACGUAAUCGAGCAGGAGAUGCUUCCUCUUCGAGAAGAUCUAUCUUACGAGGAGAAGCCUAGCAGAAUUUUGGCUCGAGACACUAGACAGUUGCGUAACAAAGAUAUUCCCUUGGUAAACGUCUCAUGGGGUAAUAGCCGUGAGGAAAAGGCCACCUGGGAACGAGAAGAGGACGUGAGGAAAGCUUAUCCCAAACUCUUCCAAGAGAUAGCUACUUUCGGGGAUGAAAGUUCCUAA